AAUGGAAAGACCGAGGAUCAAUUAUUGCUCUUAAAAAAUUAGACUUCAAUUCAAAUUUUUCAGAUAGUAAUAAUUCAUCGGAUAACAGUAGUUAUUCGGAUAAAAAUCCUAUUAAAAUAUUUGCUAAAGAGGUAAAUGAUUAUUCUAAUGAGGUAAAUGAUUAUUUACUUUAG